AUGACUUCCUUCUUUGGAAAGCUGAAGAGCCAGAAUGCAUCUUCACCAGCAGUAGGCGCGUCCACGGCCAAAAAGGACGCAAAUGCGCCUUUACCAACCCCUCUCGAGCGCAUGCUAGCGAAUGCUGGCCCGCUUCGCAACGAUGGCAGUGAUAAAUUCUUUGGCAUGGAAAAUUUCGGAAACAGCUGCUAUUGCAAUUCGAUCCUGCAGUGUCUCUAUUAUUCGGUGCCUUUCCGAGAACACGUCCUUUCGUAUCCACGCCGGUCAAACCCUGACGCCGUUGCCCAUGCUCAGUUGCACGCUCCUCCUCGAGUACCGCCGAAUCAACAAAACGGCGCGGCGAAGAAGCCACCCCCUGGGCCUGCAUCCUCGCGAAAUGCCGGUACUCCUCCUCAACAACAACAGAAGCCCGAGGAUAAAGACUCGCCGGAGUACAAGAAGAAACAGGCGAUUUUAAACGGCCCCAUUCUGAACAUGACUUACGAUAACUCACAGGAUUAUGACAUGCCAGAAAGCCUUUUUACAUCGAUGAAGGACAUAUUCGAGGCCAUCGUCUUGCAUCAGUCGAGGAUGGGAGUCGUGAGCGGGCACAGAUUUCUCGAGGUUCUUCGUAAGGAAAAUGAGAUGUUCAGGUCUGCCAUGCACCAGGAUGCGCAUGAGUUUCUCAACCUCCUUCUCAAUACCGUGGUGGAGAAUAUCGAGGAUCACGACAGAAAAGUGACUGCGCAGAAGAAAUCGGAGGAGCCUUCACCCGCAAUUGAGCCAGCGACGGAUAUGGCCAGAACAGAAUCAGCGACUGUAUCAUUCCCCUCUAUAUUACCAGUUCCGACAGCAAAUUCUCCGACAAAGUGGCUACACGGCCUUUUCGAAGGUACACUUACGUCUGAAACCAGAUGCUUGACUUGCGAAAACGUUUCCCAGCGUGACGAACCUUUCCUAGAUCUUUCGGUCGAUUUGGAGCAGCAUUCAUCGGUCACCGCGUGUUUACGAAGAUUUUCCGAGGAGGAGAUGCUCUGCGAGCGAAACAAGUUCCACUGUGACAAUUGUGGCGGCCUCCAGGAAGCAGAGAAACGAAUGAAAAUCAAGCGACUUCCACGAAUAUUGGCUUUACACCUGAAGCGUUUUAAGUAUACUGAAGAUUUCGGGCGCCUGCAGAAGUUAUUCCACAAAGUUGUGUAUCCUUAUCAUUUGAGACUCUUCAACACCACCGACGAUGCAGAGGAUCCUGACCGACUAUACGAGCUAUAUGCAGUGGUCGUUCAUAUCGGCGGAGGACCAUAUCAUGGCCACUAUGUCGCGGUUAUCAAAACCCAGGAUCGGGGCUGGCUUCUUUUCGACGACGAGAUGGUUGAACCUGUCGACAAAAACUUUGUCCGCAACUUCUUUGGUGAUAAACCGGGGCUUGCAUGUGCCUACGUGCUAUUUUACCAAGAGACAACAGUCGAAGCCGUUCAAAAGGAGCAAAGAAUGGAGGGAAAGAGACGAGCUUCGCAAGAUCUAACCAAUCCCCUAGGUGUUGAUGCCAAUCACUCAGCCGAAUUGCAUCGUGUUGAGACAUUCAGUCCAACGGGCUCUCCAGCGUCCACUGCAGAAGCCGCACAAUACGCGGCGCUCGAUCACGCGGUCACCGCGCCACCUCAAUUUAAGGCCAACGGCCAUGUUGAAACACCCCAGUCGCCUCCUAAUUUUACCCCAGCCAGACCGACCAGUCCUGUUGUGCAAAGCAAGAAAGAAAAGGCGAAAGAGGAAAAGGCACGGAAAGCGGCAGAGAAACAGGCAGAGAAGGAAAGACAAGAAGCCGAACGACAACGCCGCAAAGACUUAGCGAACAAAAUUACAGAGGCGCACAAGAGACAAGAGGCGGAACUUAAGGCGGCAAUGGAAGCAAGUAAGGCGACAAAGGCCGAGGAGGAUAGGCGUAACGCCCUUGAAAGAGCGCACACCGUUCAAGCAAACGGAAGUAGCCAUUCAGGUCUCGAUCGGUUCAAACGAUCGAAGAGUCUGCGAUUCGGAUCCUUGACCAGAAGAGACAAGCCGCCAUCGAAUCCAUCCGAGGAAAAUAUGGUUCCCUCAGUAACACCAGAGAGUGCGGAUCCUCCAGAAAAAGAGAAGGAGAAGGAGAAGAGAAAUCGUUUCAGCAUUCGAAAGAAGUCGUUCGGCGUGUUAUCAUGA